UGGCGCCACCAGCUCGCACGCCCUGCACCGCUCGUACGCCGCGCCAGGCAACAACCUUUUCGUUUUCCCUCGAAUGGUUUGACCUGGGCGCGCCGGCCAUGACCGACACGAGAUGAUGGCGAUGCCGUCGUUGGCGUCCUUCACGCCGGCCGCCGACGUGUUGGGCGUGCCGCCCCCGCUGCCGCCGCCGCCGGGCGCGGACGUGUCCGUCAUCGUGGGCGUGCUCACGGGCGUCCUCCUGGGGCUCUUCCUCUUCCUCAUCUACGCCAAGCACUGCAGGCAACGCGGCGCCCGCGGCGCGGCCGGCCGCCUCGGCCUCGGGUUCCGGGCGUCGUCGACGUGCGACCGGUGCCGCUCCGGCCUGAGCCUCUCGGUCGUCGACGCGCUCCCGAUCGUCAGGUUCGGGGACAUGGGCGGCGCCGCGGCGGCCGCGCAGCCGGAGUGCGCGGUGUGCCUGGGCUCGUUCGACGCGGCCGCCGACGAGCUGCUCCGGGUGCUGCCCAAGUGCCGCCACGCGUUCCACGCGGGCUGCGUCGACACGUGGCUGGAGGCGCACUCGACGUGCCCCGUCUGCCGCCGCCGCGUCGGCAAGGAGGACGCGUUCGCCGUGAUCCCCAAGCUGGAGGCCGGCGCGGAUCACGGUGACGCGGAGUGGUAUCCGGCCCGCGAGGCGGAGAUGCAGAUCGUGGUGCGUCGACCGGCGUGACCAACCGAGGGAGCGGCAUUCCACGGAUGCAUUUCCGGGUCACCAUGCAUGAGAACCCGCACGGCACGGCAAGGAGGGUGCCUUCGCCGUGACCCCGAGCUCCACGCCGGUGAGGCUGAGCUGCAGAUUGUGGUGCACCGACCGGCGUGACUGGCCAAGGGACGGUGGUUGGCCACGAGGGGUUCGGUAGCCGUCACUGUGCGGUCUAGCUGACGGUCGUCAUUCGUUCAUGAUCUUGCUUCGUUGCACGCGCGGAAUGUUGCCGGCCGGCCGGCCGGAGGGAGCGGGCUUUUUGAUAGCUAUAUGUAUACUAGGCGGGCAUUCA